UCGAUUUCACCAUGGCAACCCUUCUUGAGAGCUUUAAGAUAUCCCCACGGCCCGGCGGGUCGCCAGAGUCCGUCCCCCUCGUGUUCUUCGAUAUGCUGUGGUACGGUUUCGCGGCGAAUCAAAGCGUUCUCUUCUUUGAUUUCCCAUGUUCAAAACCACAUUUCUUAGACACUAUUGUUCCUCAGCUAAAGCAAUCUCUCUCCCUCACUCUCACCUAUUUCCUCCCCCUCGCCGGAAACAUCAUCCACCCUCUAACUCCAGCCGAAAAGCCCGUUUUACGUUACCAAGCAGCAGACUCCGUUUCUCUAACGGUUUCUGAAUCCGACGCUGAUUUCCGCUACCUGACCGGAAAUCAGCAACGGAAUUGCGACGAAUUUUACGAAUUCGUUCCUCUUCUGCCCCGGGCAGUGGCUUCCGAAGCCGCGAUUUCCUGCCCGGUUUUGGCUCUCCAGGUGACCUUGUUUCCGGGGAAGGGACUGGCAAUCGGGAUCGUGACUCAUCACGCGAUCGCUGACGCCAGCACCGUCGUUUCUUUUAUGCAGGCGUGGGGCCUGAUCAACCGAAUCGGCUUGGAUGCGGAAAACAUCCAGGCUGAUUUGGCUGAAUCCAAUCUGUUGCCAUCUUUCGCUAGAGAAUUAGCAACAGAUCUCAACGGAUUGGAUUCGCUAUAUUGGGAUUUAAUAAUUAAGGAGUGUUGUGCGGUCGAGCCGCCGCCGCCCGUGGCCCUUCCGACCAACAAGGUCCGGGCCACGCUCGUGGUGAAGAUGGAUGAGAUCAAAGCACUUAAAGAAUUCGUGCUUGCCCGGGGCGUAGCCCACGUGUCAUCGUUCACCGUGGUGUGCGCGCUCUUCUGGGCGUGCGCGGCCAGAGCGAGCGACGACGACGUGGCGGAGGACGAGGUGGAGUGUUUCGGGUUCACGGUGGACUGCCGGGGGAGGUUGAAGCCGCCGUUGCCGGCAAAUUACUUCGGCAACUGCGUGGUGCUGGCGAGGGCGGAGCUGAGGCACGGCGAGGUGAAGGGGGCGGAGGGGUUUGUGGCGGCAGCGAGGGCCAUCGGGGCGGCGGUUAAGGAGAGUGCCAACAGGGAGAAGGGGGUUUUGGAUGGGGCGGAGGAUUGGCCGGCGGAGUAUGCCGGAUUGAUUGGAAAGAGGCAGUUUGGGGUGGCGGGGUCGCCGCGGUUCGAUUUCUACGCGGUGGAUUUCGGGUGGGGGAAGCCGGAGAAGUUUGAGCCGCUGUUUAUAGACGGAGGGAACUCGAUUUCACUCUGCAAAUCGAGAUAUUUCGAAGGAGGUGUGGAAAUCGGUUUCUCAAAGCCAAAACUUGAGAUGGAAUCAUUUGCCAAAGUUUUCAGUGAGAUUCUCAACGAUUUGUUGGGCUGAAUUUGUCAGUGUUGAAUAAAAUAAAAGCAGGGACAUUAAUUUGGAUGUCUGUUGUGAAAAUGCAUGUGUGUUGAUUGGAGGCAAUAAUUAUAAUACAAUCUAAUCUUUGUGUUUGUUUA